AUGUCGGCGGAGGACGAGAAGUUAUUGAAGGAGGCGAAGAAACUUCCUUGGGAGGAUCGCCUUGGCCAUAAGAAUUGGAAAGUUCGGAACGAGGCUAACGUCGAUUUAGCUUCUGUUUGUGAUUCCAUUACUGAUCCUAAGGACUCUCGUCUUCGCGAUUUUGGUCACUUGUUUAGGAAGACGGUGGCGGAUUCUAAUGCCCCCGUGCAAGAGAAAGCCCUUGAUGCAUUGAUUGCGUUUUUGCGAGCAGCUGACUCAGACGCUGGAAGGUAUGCAAAGGAAGUUUGCGAUGCUAUUGCGGCUAAAUGUCUCACGGGUCGGAAGAAUACUGUCGACAAGGCUCAAGCUGCUUUCUUGCUUUGGGUAGAAUUAGAGGCUGUCGAUGUUUUCUUGGAUACGAUGGAGAAAGCUAUAAAGAAUAAAGUUGCAAAGGCUGUGGUACCUGCAGUAGACGUUAUGUUUCAAGCUCUAAGUGAAUUUGGAUCAAAGGUUAUUCCACCCAAACGGAUUUUAAAGAUGCUUCCUGAACUUUUCGACCAUCAAGAUCAGAAUGUCCGUGCAUCUGCCAAAGGGGUGACUCUUGAGCUAUGCCGUUGGAUUGGAAAAGACCCUGUUAUUCCACCCAAACGGAUUUUAAAGAUGCUUCCUGAACUUUUCGACCAUCAAGAUCAGAAUGUCCGUGCAUCUGCCAAAGGGGUGACUCUUGAGCUAUGCCGUUGGAUUGGAAAAGACCCUGUAAAGUCUAUAUUGUUUGAGAAAAUGAGGGAUACAAUGAAAAAAGAGCUGGACGCUGAGCUUGCCAAUGUUUCAGGGGGUGCCAAGCCUACUCGAAAGAUAAGAUCUGAGCAAGACAAGGAGCCAGAGGCAGAAGCUAGUUCCGAUGUUGUGGGCGAUAGGCCCAGUGAAGAAGCUCUUGCUGAUGCCCCCCAGGAAAUAGAUGAGUAUGAUCUUAUGGAUCCUGUGGAUAUUUUGACUCCUUUGGAGAAGUCUGGUUUCUGGGACGGAGUGAAAGCUACAAAGUGGUCAGAACGUAAAGAGGCUGUUGCAGAGCUAACAAAGCUUGCUUCGACUAAAAAGAUAGCUCCUGGUGAUUUUUCAGAGAUUUGUCGAACCUUAAAGAAGCUUAUCACGGAUGUGAACUUAGCUGUUGCAGUUGAAGCUAUUCAAGCCAUUGGAAAUCUUGCACGUGGUUUAAGAACACAUUUCUCUGCUAGUUCACGGUUUAUGCUGCCUGUUUUGCUUGAAAAAUUGAAAGAGAAAAAGCAAUCACUCGCAGACCCACUUACACAAACGUUACAAACAAUGUACAAAGCUGGGUGUUUGAAUCUUGUUGACGUUAUAGAAGAUGUUAAGACAGCAGUAAAAAACAAAGUUCCACUUGUCCGUUCUGCAACUUUGAACUGGUUGACAUCCUGUCUUGAAACAAGUAACAAGGCUCUUAUUCUCAAGGCACACAAAGAAUAUGUCCCUUUAUGUAUGGAGUGUCUCAACGAUGGAACUCCUGAAGUGAGGGAUGCAGCAUUUUCAGCUUUGGCUGCAAUAGCUAAGUCUGUAGGUAUGAGACCUUUGGAAAGGUCGUUGGAAAAACUUGAUGAUGUUAGAAAAAAGAAACUUUCAGAAUUGAUUGCAGCCUCUGGUGGUGGUGACUCAGCUGGUACAAGCUCAGGAUGCUCUUUUCAUAUAAAAGUGACAGUUCAAUCUUCAGUUGGGAGCACGGCCGCAGGGUGUCUCAACGAUGGAACUCCUGAAGUGAGGGAUGCAGCAUUUUCAGCUUUGGCUGCAAUAGCUAAGUCUGUAGGUAUGAGACCUUUGGAAAGGUCGUUGGAAAAACUUGAUGAUGUUAGAAAAAAGAAACUUUCAGAAUUGAUUGCAGCCUCUGGUGGUGGUGACUCAGCUGGUACAAGCUCAGGAUGCUCUUUUCAUAUAAAAGUGACAGUUCAAUCUUCAGUUGGGAGCACGGCCGCAGGGAACUCAGAAGCUUCCUUUGUAAGGAAAUCAGCAGCAAGCAUGUUGAGCGGCAAAAGACCUGCUCCUUCUGCUCCUGCAAGCAAGAAGGUUGGGACUGGUAAACCGGGUGGAGGCAAAAAAGAUGGUUCUGUACGGAAUGAAGGUUCAAAAUCUGUUGAACCACCUGAAGAUGUCGAGCCUGCCGAGAUGGGUCUUGAAGAGAUUGAAAACAGAUUAGGUUCUCUUGUAAAACCAGAAACUAUAUCUCAGCUAAAGAGCUCUGUAUGGAAAGAAAGACUUGAAGCAACUUUGGCUUUGAAAGAAGAGAUAGAAGGUCUACAAGAACUAGACAAGUCAGUGGAAAUCUUGGUCCGGUUGUUGUGUGCGGUUCCUGGUUGGAAUGAGAAAAAUGUGCAGGUUCAGCAACAGGUCAUCGAAAUCAUCACUCACAUAUCUUCGACUGCGGCGAAGUUUCCUAAGAAAUGUGUCGUACUUUGUAUAACAGGCACUAGUGAACGAGUUGCAGAUAUAAAGACACGAGCUUCUGCUAUGAAAUGCCUUACAGCUUUCUGCGAGGCAGUUGGUCCUGGAUUUGUUUUCGAGAGGCUUUUCAAAAUCAUGAAAGAGCACAAGAAUCCAAAGGUUCUUAGUGAAGGCUUGUUAUGGAUGGUUUCUGCAGUUGAUGACUUUGGUGUCUCACUUUUGAAACUUAAGGAUUUGAUAGAUUUUUGUAAGGAUGUUGGGCUGCAAUCUAGUACAGCUGCCACCAGAAAUGCUACAAUUAAACUCUUGGGUGCUUUACACAAGUUUGUUGGUCCAGACAUUAAAGGGUUUCUUAAUGAUGUCAAACCUGCGCUACUAAGUGCACUUGACACCGAAUAUGAGAAAAACCCUUUCGAGGGGACUGCGGCUCCGAAGAGAGUUGUUAAGACGUCAGUUUCAACAUCAACAUCUGCUGGAGGGCUGGAUGGCUUACCUAGAGAAGAUAUCAGUAGCAAGAUUACCCCUAAUCUUCUUAAGGGCUUUGAGAGUCCUGAUUGGAAGAUGCGUUUAGAGUCAAUUGAAGGUGUCAAUAAAAUUCUGGAAGAGGCUAAUAAACGUAUCCAACCAACUGGAACUGGAGAAUUAUUUGGUGGUCUAAGAGGACGCCUGUUGGAUAGUAACAAAAAUCUUGUUAUGCAAACAUUGACUACCAUUGGAGGUGUUGCUGCAGCUAUGGGGCCAGCUGUUGAGAAGGCGAGCAAGGGAAUUCUGUCUGAUGUUCUGAAAUGUCUCGGUGACAACAAGAAGCACAUGAGGGAAUGCACCUUGGCUGCUCUUGAUUCGUGGCUUGGUGCUGUUCAUCUUGACAAAAUGAUUCCUUACAUUAUAAUAGCCCUAACAGAUGGGAAAAUGGGAGCAGAAGGACGUAAAGAUCUUUUUGAUUGGUUGACAAAACAGCUUACUGGAUUAAGUGACUUUGUGGAUGCUAUACAUUUACUGAAACCUGCAAGCACCGCAAUGACGGACAAAUCAGCAGAUGUGCGAAAAGCAGCCGAAGGAUGCAUUUCUGAGAUCUUAAGAGUCAGUGGACAAGAAACUAUUGAAAAGCAUCUCAAAGAUAUCCAAGGCCCAGCUCUAGCUCUUGUGCUUGAAAAAGUAAGACCAGGAUUUGUUCAAGAACCAUUUGAAUCAUCAAAAGCUAUGGGGGGGCCAGUGUCUAAAGGUGUUUCAAAGAUUUCAAAAUCAACUUCUAAUGGUACCUUGAAGCAAGGAAACAGAUCAAGAGCCGUACCUACAAAGGGCUCAAGUCUUAUUACGUCUGUCCAUGAUAUAGCUAUCCAGUCACAGGCUUUGCUAAAUACUAAGGACUCCAAUAAGGAGGACAGGGAGAGGGUGGUGGUUCGUAGAAUAAAAUUUGAGGAGCUGCGACCAGAACAGAUUCAGGAUCUUGAGAAUGAUAUGAUGAAAUUUUUUAGGGAAGACUUGCAAAAACGAUUGUUGAGCCCCGACUUCAAGAAACAAGUAGAUGGGCUGGAGAUCCUACAGAAGGCACUUCCAUCUGUUUCAAAGGAGAUAAUAGAAGUAUUAGAUAUACUUCUCAGGUGGUUUGUAUUGCAAUUCUGUAAAUCCAACACAACCUGUCUGCUAAAGGUGCUUGAGUUUCUUCCGGAACUUUUCAACACAUUGAGGGAUGAAGAAUACUGCAUGACGGAAGCAGAGGCUGCAAUAUUUCUGCCCUGUUUGGCGGAGAAGUAUCUUUAUAUUCAACUCCCUGUCCUUGGUGCAGUUGGGGCAUAA